AUGGACAUCAGCGAUGAAGUUAGGGCUGCUCACAGGCGAGAGCUACUGGCCUUCUUGGAAGAUGGCAUAUACUUGGACGAAAUCAGGGCCAUCAUCAACCACAACCGCCGCCGACUCAUCGUGGACAUCUCUCAUCUCCACUCCUACGGCGACGACAUUGGUGCCAGGAUUCUGAGAAAUCCAAGUGAUUAUCUGCAAUCGUUUAACGAUGCGGCCACGGAAAUCGCUAACAGGAUCGACCCAAGGUACCUGAAGCAAGGGGAGCAACUUCUGGUGGGGUUUCAAGGCCCUUUUGUCUCGCGCCGUGUUACGCCUAGAGAUUUGCUCUCCGAGUACAUUGGAUCCAUGGUUUGUGUCCACGGCAUUGUCACCAAAUGUUCUCUUGUGAGGCCAAAAGUUGUUAAAAGUGUUCACUUCUGCCCUACAACUGGAAACUUCACCACUCGUGAAUACCGAGACAUUACAUCCAAUAUGGGUUUGCCUACAGGAUCCGUUUAUCCAACAAGGGAUGAAAAUGGUAACUUAUUGGUGACUGAGUAUGGAUUAUGCAAAUACAAAGAUCAUCAAACUUUAUCAAUGCAAGAAGUUCCUGAGAAUUCCGCGCCUGGUCAGCUUCCGCGAACGGUAGAUGUCAUAGUUGAGGACGACCUGGUUGAUGCAUGCAAACCUGGAGACCGUGUGGCAAUUGUAGGGAUAUACAAAGCUCUUCCUGGUAAAACCAAGGGAAGUGUGAAUGGAGUAUUCAGGACUGUUCUCAUAGCGAACAAUGUUUCACUGCUCAACAAAGAAGCAAAUGCACCAAUUUACAGCCCUGAUGACAUAAGUAACAUAAAAAAGAUAGCAGACAGAGGUGAUACAUUUGACCUGCUUGGUAAUUCACUGGCACCUUCAAUUUAUGGACAUUCAUGGAUAAAGAAAGCAGUGAUAUUAUUAAUGCUUGGUGGGAUGGAAAAGAACUUAACGAAUGGCACUCACCUACGAGGUGACAUUAACAUGAUGAUGGUUGGUGAUCCUUCUGUUGCCAAGUCUCAACUUCUAAGAGCAAUCCUGAAUAUCGCUCCCUUGGCAAUAUCUACUACGGGCCGGGGUUCUUCUGGUGUUGGCUUGACAGCUGCUGUCACUUCAGAUCAAGAGACAGGAGAGAGAAGGCUAGAAGCUGGUGCAAUGGUUCUUGCUGAUCGUGGUGUUGUCUGUAUUGAUGAAUUUGACAAAAUGAAUGAUCAAGAUCGUGUUGCCAUACAUGAAGUUAUGGAGCAGCAGACUGUAACUAUUGCCAAAGCUGGUAUCCAUGCAUCCCUCAAUGCACGAUGCAGUGUGGUGGCUGCUGCAAAUCCCAUAUAUGGUUCUUAUGACCGUUCAUUGACACCAACAAAGAAUAUUGGGCUUCCAGACUCUUUGCUUUCUCGUUUUGAUUUACUGUUUAUUGUAUUGGAUCAAAUGGAUCCUGAUAUUGACCGCCAAGUCUCAGAGCAUGUGUUGCGCAUGCAUCGGUAUCGUUCUGCAACUGGAGGUGAUGCAAUGCUUGACGGGAGCUCCGUAUAUGGAAGAGAAGAAGAAAAUGAAAAUGACACAUCCGUAUUUGUUAAGUAUAACCGUAUGCUACAUGGGAAAAAAACAGAAAGGGGUCGGAAGCGUGAUACCCUCACAAUCAAGUUUCUUAAAAAGUACAUUCAUUAUGCCAAGCAUAGGAUUCAGCCUGAUCUGACUGAUGAGGCAUCUGAACAAAUUGCAACAGCAUAUGCAGAACUCAGAAAUGCCGGCUCAAAUGCAAAGACUGGAGGAACACUUCCAAUUACUGCCAGAACUUUAGAAACUAUCAUUCGUCUCUCAACAGCUCAUGCAAAAUUGAAGUUGAGCAGAAAGGUUUCAAAGUCUGAUGUUGAUGCUGCUCUUCAAGUUUUAAAUUUUGCAAUAUAUCACAAAGAGUUGACUGACAUGGAGGACCGGGAGCAAGAAAGAGAGAGAGAAUUGGAGAGGAAUGGCAGAGCUACCCAUCGUGCAAGUGGAAAUGGUACUGCUAAUGAAGAACAAGCUGACAAUUCCGCAGGUCAGAAUGAUGGGUCUGGCAACGGUACUGCUAAUAAUGAAGGUUCAACUGAUGCCAUGGAAGUCGAUGACCCUCCUGCCGAAUCUGCUAUUGAUAUUUCUCCUGAAAGAAUCAAAGCAUUUAAUGAUUCUGUAAAUCAACUAAUGAAACAAAAGUUACAAAGCAUAUCCAUUGAGGACUUAGAGAACGUCGUCAAUUCCGGAGAAGAUUUCCGUUACUCUAGGGCGGAAAUAACAUUGCUGUUACAGGAACUUCAAGCCAAUAACAUAGUGAUGGAUCACCUACAACAUGUAAGGCAAGGGGGAGCAGAAUUUCACAACACAGCAGAAACGUCACACUUUUGGAGGGGAACAUAUAUCUUUUGUACUUCUGUUGGCCGCGAUGUAUCUGCUUUGCCCGUGCUUCUUGAACUUGAAAUUUAG